AUGCUGAUUAUAGCAGGAAUGACAGGAUAUAGACAUCCUAGAAAGAUGGUGAACGAGGUUCUGCGACAAUUGCGUAUGACCAGUCAUUGUCGAAAGAGCUUUAAUAGGCUGAGGUCGCUUUCAAACAAAGCCCAUAGCCCGUUGCCUGAAUAUUUCCAAUAUGUGUGUUCCAGUGGUGGACAGAAACGAAAAAUAAGCGCUGGUGUGGCCAUAUUGAGUGACUCGAACCUCCUUGUACUCGAUGAACCCACAGCUGGCAUUGAUCCAAAGGUUUGGUUUGCUCGAUAUAGCACAAACUCAUGUUCCAUGUUCAGUAGAUGA